AUGGAAUCCCCAAUUGUAUUCACAAAGACCAAGGCCAGCUCCUGCCCCAGGGACUGGAUGCAAAACCAGGGCAACUGCUAUGCAUAUUUCGAUUAUAAGAUGUCAUGGUAUGAAGCUGAGAUUGAGUGCCAAAGUUAUGGCCGUGGGACUCAUCUUGCCUCCAUUCUCACUGAGAAAGAGGCAGCCUUGGUGGCCAAGCACAUUGCCACAUACCAGAAAAAACCAAGUCAUGUCUGGAUUGGGCUUCAUGAUCCCCGUGAGAAUGGGCGUUGGAGGUGGGCUGAUGAAUCAACCUACAAUUACCAAAACUGGUAUCCAAAUCAGCCAGACAACUCAGACAACAAAGAGUAUUGUGUGGAACUGCUAUUUAGCACAGGUUUUCAGCAGUGGAAUAAUAGAGCCUGCAAGACUCCGAACAACUUCGUCUGCAAACAAGAACUCUGA